GAGCCGGGGCCCCGCGCCCCGCGCCCCGCAGACAUGGUGGGCCACCUCCAUCUGCAGGACACGGAGGACGGCCCGAAGGCGCAGGGCCGCGAGGGCUUGCUGGACAGCCCCGACUCCGGGCUGCCGCCCAGCCCCAGCCCCAGCCCGCCCUUCUACGCCCUGGCGCCCCGCGCCCUGGACGCCGGCGCGGAGGGCCCCGGCGCCCCCUCGGACGCCCCCGGGGCCGGCGAGGCCCGAGCGCCGGCCGCCCUGCGCCCGAGCCCCGCGCCUGGGACGAGGCCGCGGCUGCAGCCCGUGUUCUUCGGGGAGAGCAUCCGGGUGGACCCCGAGCCCGCCCGCGAGAUCCGCUGCAACUCCGAGGUCACCUACGCCUCCGAGCGGCGCUUCCGGGACAAGGUGUUCUACGCGCCGGUGCCCACGGUCACGGCCUACAGCGAGACCAUCGUGGCGGCGCCCGGCUGCUCGUGGCGCCGCUACCGCAGCCAGCUGACCCUGGAGCCGCGGCCGCGCGCGCUGCGCUUCGGCUGCACCACCGUCAUCUUCCCCAAGCGCGCGCGCCGCUCCUUCCGCACCACGCUGCGCUGCGGCCUGGGCCGUGCGCGCCGCUGCUUCGCCGCCAGCCUGCGGCUGCAGCCCGGGGACGCGGGGGACGCCGCGCCCUGA